CCCCAGAACCGUGCGCAAUCGACGGGUCUUAGUUGUGACCCGGUUGAACAAGAAGAACUGCUGCCCCAGUGCAAGGUGAAGCGAAACUACACGUGUGGCAGUUGUAGUUACUGCACGCAAAACCCCAGAAGCUACCUGACGCAUCUGCGCGACGCGCACGGGGAGAAGAUUAGCAUAAACGAGUGCAAACGAUGUCUGUACGCGUCGAGACACUACCAGAAGCUGGUGCGUCACAUGAAGAUGGUACACGGGGCAUGUGUGGAGCGUGAAAAAGUAUCGUCCCCCAACCGUCGGCAGCGGAAAACCUUUAAGAAGUCAUUUUCCAAACAGCUCAAGCGCGAAGGAACCGGUUGCCGAACGUUGGGUUCUUUGUUGCCGCUAGAGCCCGAAACAUUGAAUGCCAUCAACAGUGCCGGCACGGAGCAACUUGUUGCGUCUCCGUUGCCAUCUUUGCUGAAAGAAAUCGAAUCAUCGUGGACGUCCACCGUUCUUGCAAACAUUGAUCUGUUUCAAGCCAUGUUCCAAUCAGAGAUGGAUAACCUCAAUAAAGCUGCAAUAUCCGUCAACCAGGAUGCAACUCAGCACAUCGAGUCAGAGAAAAAAGCACGGAAAUCGCCGGAAGGAGGAUGCGAAUCGGUACCGAAAAAACGCCACCGUCCAAUUCCAAACCUCAUUCCUUUGACACCGGCUUCUGCAGUGGCGACCAGACCGGAAAAGGAGCUUCUCAAGCCUGUUCCAAUGUCUUCGCUAAUGCCACAGGAUGUAGCUAUUGCAUCCAAACAAACCGGGAUGGAGCCUGCGACUAGUUUAGCCUCGAACCGUGUGUCGAUGUCGUUGGAUUCCCAAACGAAGUGUACUUUUUGUGAGCUAACGUUCGAGUCCAUGAUAGACCUUGCGAACCACAUCGCAACGGCACACAAGGAGGACCUCAUUACGUCGUUGUUGCAGAAAUCGAUGGAUGACUCGAACCAGAACCUGUUCCCGCAAAGUGAUACCGAUAGCGUGUCGAACGAGCUGUGGAAGAGUCUGCUGGAAGCAAACUUGUACAACACGGAUGUAGGUGUCCGGAACUCCACAGAACCGGACGGUAAGCCCCACACAAAGGACGACGAUGACGUGGAGGUGUUGGAGAACAAAUCAGAAACGUACUGCGGUGUGGAAACGGCACCAGGUUACGGAGAGGUAACUAGUACGAUUCCUGCCACCGAUGGCACCACGUCGGCGGUGAUGAAGAAGGUCUUCAAGUGCCCACACUGUUCGUUUUGGGCCUCCACGGCUUCGCGGUUUCACGUACACAUCGUGGGACAUUUGAACAAAAAGCCAUUUGAAUGUUCACUCUGUUCGUACCGCUCCAACUGGCGCUGGGACAUCACGAAGCAUAUUCGCCUUAAGACGUUACGCGAUCCUAACCACAAGAAUGCGGACGUGCUGAUGAAUGACGAAACGGGCCGGAGGAAUUACACCAAAUACAAUAAGUACAUCGCGCUGAUGCAAAUCACUGACAACAGUUCGAGGGAAUCCUCGAGCUACGCCAAGUCUUUUGCCGAGAGCAGCGUCUCGGACCUAAUGGCGACCUGUAGCACGUACAAUAUUGACCUGAACGCGUUUGCUAGCAUGCCCGAGUUCAAACUGCUGAUGGAGGAUAAGCAAACGAACGACAAGACCGAACCAGCCGACGAAGGCCUUCAAUUGAAAUGUCAGCUUUGCGAACACAGGUCGUCAUCCAAGGAGGAGCUGUUGGUGCACGUGGCCAAUCAGCACGUGGGGCUGGAGGCCGCUCAUCAACCGGACGAUGCAGCUGAAAGCGAACCCGGCAUCGUUGAGCAGCUCCAAGUGAAAAACAGUACGAAGACGACUAACAUUUCAACCCCUGCCAGUACACCAACGCCUCCGGCAAUGUCUUUCUGUAGCCUUAGUAAAAGUGCAGCUAACCCUAGCAACGGUAGCCCUACUAAUGGAAUACUAACUGGUAGCGGUGCUGGAGAUAAAACAACCCCAGUGGAGCCGGGUGAUAGUCGUGGGGACGGUGAAAGUGGCUCCCAUAAGGUGAUCGUGCCUUCUACUUGGCGCCAUAACGCACCGUAUCGAUGUGGGCAUUGCCGUCAGGUUUCCAACUGGAAACAUGUCAUUCAGAGACAUUGUCGUUUGAAACACAACGGACACGUUUUUAUUGAGCACGUUAACGCGGAAAAGGACGAACCAUCCGACGGUGAAGGUCAUGGACAUCGGAGUAACAAGCAGAACCAACAUUCCUCCGUCUACAUCAUCGAUGAGGUGCUCCAUCCUACUACAACCGGUGCAGAUAAUUCGCGAAAAUCGAUCGAAGCGCUCGUGACCACGUCCAUCCCACCACCGCUUGCUCCUUUCAGCAUGGACGAGGUGAGCUGUUCGGCCAACACACUCGAACCGAUAGUGGAAAUCUUCGACAAGGACCCGACGGAUCUUAUUGGCUUUAACGGGAGUGUCAUACCUGGUACGGUGCUGGUUAACAGUGGAACGGCAGCUCCGGCAGUCUCCAGUGAGCAGUUGGAGUGUAUAUCGUGCCAGUUUCGUGCCGAAACGGUAGAUCAGCUUACGGAACACCUGCAGGAGCAUAUGCGCAAUGAGCAGGAGGAAGGAUCGCAUGGUUUCGAUGCGGCUGGGCUGCUUGAUCCUGUGCCUACCACGAUGUACUACUGUCACCAAUGUCCUGCGAGGUUUUUCACCGAAAGCCAUAUUGUGGAGCAUCGGACGAAGCAUUCAGCAACGGCUGGAGGAUCGUGUCCGGUUUGCACGUACACCACUACCAGCGAGGACGAACGCAACCGUCACAAGGAGGUGCAUUCCGCUGCCUACAACAUAAACACCGAGAAUUUGCAGAUCUUCCUCGCCGAGAGCAAAGAGUACCCUAAGCCACUGCUGGCGUCGAAAGAGACGGAGGGAGAGCAAAUUUUCAUCGUGGAAAUGCCACUAAAAAGCCCCGUGCGAUCGCGGGAAACCACCCCGCACAAGAAACCGCGUAGAUCCAAACAACCUGUGCGGUCUGCGACUAAUUCGAUCGAUGGCGCAGAUGAACAGCUGAAAUCUAUCUUUUUGUGUGAAUAUUGCGAUCAAACAUUCGACGCGGAACCCGAUUUGAAUUCACACAUAAAGAAGCACUUUUCCUCGAUCCUGUCUCCGCAAGGGGUGGCCUACUACGCGUCGCUUAGCAACGCGCUGAACAAGGACAAGAAGUUGGAGCUGACGAUAUCUGGGGCGCAGGCGUCAGGAGCGUUGCGUUAUGUUUACGAUAACGCGCGCAGCAAGGAUUGGAGCGUGUACUCCAAGACCGACAGUGUUUUGUUAAAACUUUAAGCUUAUGUGUUGCGUACGUUUUGUUGAAUUGUUUAUCGUUAGUUUAGCGCUAGGUUACAAGCCGUUCCAAGAACGCCCGCACUUCUAGUACAGUCACUUUGAGAAACCGAUUUCAAUUUGUCACUAAUCAUUUGACCAUAGCUUAUUUAGCCUU